CGCGGGGCGGCCCUAGAGGAGGCGUCGGGUUCUCGGGAGCCAGCGAGGAUUCCUGCGGAGAGCAAUAGAGACGCGGCCCGAGCUAGAAGGGCUGGAGCGGAGGCAAAGCGGGAGAGCAGUAGAUUGGGUGGCUAGAGAGGUCGGAGGUAAGUGGCCGGAGGAAUCAGGCGGACCCGGAACACAGACGCCUCGGGAUCAUGACUUACGCUUAUCUCUUCAAGUACAUCAUCAUCGGAGACACAGGUGUGGGAAAGUCAUGCCUCCUCCUGCAGUUCACCGAUAAGCGGUUCCAGCCCGUGCACGACCUCACAAUAGGUGUGGAGUUUGGAGCGCGUAUGGUCAACAUUGAUGGAAAACAAAUCAAACUGCAAAUCUGGGAUACGGCUGGGCAAGAGUCCUUCCGUUCUAUCACCCGUUCCUACUACAGGGGAGCAGCUGGGGCACUGCUGGUGUACGACAUCACACGACGUGAAACCUUCAACCACCUGACCUCAUGGUUAGAGGAUGCCCGCCAGCACUCCAGCUCGAACAUGGUUAUCAUGCUGAUCGGAAAUAAGAGUGAUCUAGAAUCCCGGAGGGAUGUGAAAAGAGAAGAGGGAGAGGCCUUUGCUCGGGAGCAUGGCCUUAUAUUCAUGGAGACAUCAGCCAAGACCGCCUGCAAUGUUGAAGAGGCCUUCAUUAACACAGCCAAAGAAAUAUAUAGGAAGAUCCAGCAGGGUUUAUUUGAUGUCCACAAUGAGGCAAAUGGCAUUAAGAUUGGGCCCCAACAGUCAAUUUCAAAAUCAUCAGGACCAAGUUCCUCGCAGCGGAAUUCUUGUGACAUAGGCUCUGACUCUGGCUGCUGCUGAACAUCUGACAUCUGGCCUGAACUCUUUUUUUUUUGUUGUUUUCCUUUCCUGGAACAGCUUCAGAUCAAUCAGCUUAAAGAAAGCUUUGGCUGAGAGCAGACUUUUUUCAGUGUGCGAUGUUUCACCCUUCACUUAAAACACCAGGAGAAAAUUGGGCCCUUACUAACCUGUCCUCCAUUAGGGCCACGAGUAACCAAAUAGAUCAGGACUCCUCUCAUCCUCUGAUUUCUAAAAUGUUAGGAUCAAAGUUGAUUGUCACAGUAGUUAAAAAAUAAACAACUUACUAAGUAUCUACAUCUGUUUGCUAGGUGUAGUGGCACAUACCUAUAAUUCUAGCGCUCAGGAGUUUUGGCAGGAGGAUCUCCAUGAGCCUUGAAGUCAGUCUGGGCUACAUAAGUAUUACCAGGCUAAUAGUAUACACAGCUAACAUAGUAUCAUCCUGUCUCAAAAGGAAAAAGUAGAGAAAGGAGAAAAAAUGCAUAUAUCUGUUCUUCACCUAAUUUUUAGUAGCUAGGGUGAAGGAUAUGCUGAUGGAACAUUGAGGACUAAGGAUCUGCAUAAUUUGGAUGAUAGCUCUGUACAUAGUAAUUUCAUUGAGUUUAUUUCUUUGCCGUGGAAACCGGCUUGUCAUUUCAUAAGAGUUCCUCUAGAAGCUGGAUGCCUCGGUACCAUCUCAUUCCUAGUUUCUUUUUAUUUAUUGUGCACGUACAGAGCCUUAAAUACCAUUCUGCAGGAGCCCACCGCCUUGGUUUUUGAGACAGCAUCUCUUACAGGAACCUGGAGCAAGGCUAGCUGGCCCUUUUCAUUGCUAGUUCCUGGUUGUUAACUACAGAACUUUGAGAGCAGCAGAGUUGGUGCUGGACCUGUAAUCACAUCGUUUACUUAAGAAAAUGUUAGUUUUUCAUUUUGUUUAGGGGACCAGUUCUAGCAUUACAGUUUCUUUCACCAAAUU